GAGGCCAUACAGACUGCUCAAGUCGCAUGUACCUCGUUAACCUGACAGCCUGCGGUCUGCCUCCGCAAAGACAAUACAGCAGCACUAGAUUUUGAUGACAGAAAAGAAUAUAAAUAUGCCGAGUUGUGGGAAGACUUAAAUCUACCGGAUUGAGCACAAGAAUGCAAACAAAAAGGUCUUUUUUUCUACAGAUAUUUGUUCAGGACACAUUUUACUUGUGCGGAUUCAUUCUGUUGUUCCGGACUUUGAAUUGACUAAUGUCUUUGGGCGAACACACAUUUGGAUUUCUGCUGAUAACAAAAGGUACAGCCACAAGAACACGAAUUAAGUACGGAGUUGAUCAUCACUAAUUCCCAAGAAAGUUAAAGGAAAUUCAGCAGGGCUAAUCAGUCUGAUUUGACACUGACCUUCCUCGCCUGUCCUCGCUUGUGAAUCUGCACAGUUCAACUACCGAGCAAACCAAAUGCAGAGAGGAAGAUGCAUUUGGGCAAGGCUUUACUGUUUGUCCUCCUCCUCAACUGCGCAACUUUGAGCUCAUCUCUGUCAACUUGUGCCACCGUGGAUAUCGACCAUGUGAAAAGGAAGAGGGUCGAGGCUAUACGAGGUCAGAUUUUGAGUAAACUUCGAUUGACAAGUCCUCCACAAUCUCUCGGACCGAGUAAAAUCCCUUAUCAAAUCCAAGCAUUGUAUAACAGCACCAAGGAGCUCCUAGAGGAACUCAGGAGGGAUCGGCAGCAAAGUUGCGGUCAGGACAACACAGAGACAGAGUACUAUGCCAAAGAGAUAUACAAAUUCAACAUGUUCUACGGACCGCCCGAGAGCAACGAUCUGCUCCACUGCCUAAAAGGCAUCACCUCUAAGGUUUUCCGCUUUAAUGUCUCCGCCAUGGAAAGGAACUCAACUAACCUCUUCAGAGCAGAGUUUCGAGCCCUGAGGGUGCCAAACUCGAGUUCCAAGAGGAAUGAACAACGGAUUGAGCUCUACCAGAUUGUGAGGCCAAAUGAACACAUUAGGAAACAACGCUACAUUGCAGCCAAGAACGUGCUGACCAAAGGUACUCCAGAGUGGGUCUCUUUUGAUGUGACUGAAACAGUGCGGGAAUGGCUGAUGAACAGAGGAACUAAUCUCGGUUUGGAAAUCAGUGUUCACUGUCCUUGCCACACCUUCAACCCCAAUGGUGACAUCAUUGACAAUGAGAGUGAGGUGCUGGAGGUAAAGUUUAAAGGUGUAGAUGAAGAUGAGGAGCACAGUCGCUUGGAUCUGGAUCACCUGAAGAGGAAAAAGGACCAGUACCUGCCUCACCUUAUCCUCAUGAUGAUCCCACCCCACCGCCUGGAAGCUCAGUCCACACGUAGACGCAAGAGAGCGCUGGACACAAACUACUGUUUCUCAAACACAGAGGAGAGCUGCUGUGUUCGCCGGCUCCACAUUGAUUUCCGACGUGAUUUGGACUGGAAGUGGAUCCAUGAGCCCAGUGGUUACGAUGCCAACUACUGCUCCGGGCCCUGCCCUUACCUGAGGAGCUCAGAUACAACACACAGUUCGCUGCUGAGCCUGUAUAACACUCUGAAUCCGGAGGCAUCGGCCUCCCCCUGCUGCGUCCCUCAAGACCUGGAGCCCCUCACUAUACUGUACUACUCUGGACGGACCCCAAAAGUGGAGCAGCUCUCCAACAUGAUCGUCAAGUCUUGCAAGUGUAGCUGAGAAGAUGUGAAAGGCAAGGUAGUGCGACAGGAUUAUUACUAGGUACUGACAAAAACCCAUGCUUGUUGACUUUUGGACUCUUAGCUGUGACAAAUACAAAAACUGACCCUGUGGCCUCAUGACUUAGAUCUGAACACCACUAUGGAGGUCACACACUUUUUAAGGAUGCAGAUUUUCAUCUUUUUUCUGGUUAUGUAUUUUGCUUUCCUCCCACUCUGGAUGAGAAGUAGUUAUUUUCAGUUUAAACCAAACAUUGCAAUCAUAGUAUAAUCUUAAAAUAUUUCUACAUUUGUGAAGGUGGACCACACACUCCUAAAGCUAGACUGCAGAGAGCCCUGUACGAAUCUAUCUGUGAUAGUGGGAGCUGCUUCAUUGACAAUGACUGAAAGGGACUUAUUUUUGUGGUAUAUUUUCUGCUUCAGAGUUAAAGCA